AGCGACCGUCGAGUCUGAGCUAUGGAAGCCAGUAGAACAAAUGAAGGCCCAAUCAAGCCAAAAUACUGUCACUUUAUGACCCUCAAAGAGUCAAGCGUGGCGUUUGCGGCCGUCCUCAAACUUCCAUGCACAUGCGCUUGCAUCAGCUGCGGAGAUAUGGUCAACACCAAUCAACAGCAAAUCAAUGGAUGGAUUCAACCUGUACGCCGCCGAGCCAAAGUGAAAAUACGGUCAAGCGUGCUGAACGGUACCUACCCGCAACACCCGUAGCCCGCUAAAGCGACCCGCCAACGGGCCUUUGGAUCAGUGGAUGCCGCCUGCCGAGCAACCCCCGCGCGCGUCUCGUCGCGUCAUUUUCAAUCAAAUUCACCCCCACCACGCGUCUUCCAGUCUGUCCAUCAUGGAAGCCUGGUGCUGAAAACAGCCCCCGCACCCAACGACGACAUCACCACCACACAAUACCCUCUCGAAACUCGGAUUUGUGUAGUCGAGGUUCUAAAGAAAAAAGAAAAAAGAUGGCUUCCUACGGCGGCUACUCCAAGACAAAUUAUAACGCCCAGGGCGGCGACGAUGGCGGCGGCUACAUGGGCGCUUCCCAGCAGGGCUCACAGGCCGGAGGAGGUGGCGGCAAUCAGAACAGCUACCAGAACGAGUCCCUCCGGCCCGUGACCAUCAAGCAGCUGUAUAGCACCGAGGAGGCCUACUCGGGCGCCGAGCUGGUGCUGGACGGCAACCCCCUGGCCCAGGUCACGUUUGUGGGCCAGGUGCGCCAGGUCAACCCGCAGGCCACCAAUAUAACCUACCGCAUCGACGACGGCACUGGCUCCAUCGACGUCAAGAAGUGGAUCGACAGCCAGAGCAUGACCGACACCGAUCCGGCCGAGCUGCACCCCCUCGACAGUUUCGUCCGCGUCUGGGGCAAGCUCAAGCACCUGCAGGACCGCCGCCACGUCGGCGCCACCUUCAUGCGCAACGUCGACGAUUUCAACGAAGUCAGCUACCACAUGCUCGAAGCCGCAUACGUCCACCUCUACUUUGCAAACGCGAAGUCCGGGGCCGAGGCUAGCGCAGGCGGCGGAGGUGAUGAUAGCAUGUUCGUCGACAGCUACGGUGACUCGCACGGCGGCGGCGGCGGCGCGGCCAAGGCCAAGGGCUGCUCGGCCAACGCCCAGCGGAUAUUCGGCUACAUGCAGAAUCAGGCCGCCGGCAACGACGGCAUGGAGGCCCACGUGAUAUCCAAGGGCAUCGGCAUGCCCGUCAACACCGUUCUCGCCGCCGCCGACGAGCUGGUGACCCAGGGCCUGAUAUACACCACCCUUGACGACCAGACAUGGGCAAUUCUCGACUACUGAUCGGCCGUUGCGUCGGCAGCGGGCCGACGGGUGAGCAUAGAUAGGUCAGGGUUGAUCUCGGCUGUUUUGCGAGACUGGCCAAUGGAGACAUGAUUAUCACGACGCCGAAGUUAUAUUAGUUGGUAUAUGCCAGAACGGGUCAUGUUGAUUAAUAUUUUUUUUCCCCCUCGGGACGGCGUUUGGCGGUAUUGUAGGAGCAAUUUGUGACUUGUUUUUACUGUGGGUCUUGUUUCCGAAUACAAUUGACACACCCUUGGACCCGAAGCGAAUCUCCAAAUGCGUUUGACCUGAUAUUCAACCAUCUGCUUCUUCCCCAGGGAACUUU